AAUAAAACCCUCUUUCUUCUUCAUUUUCUAGGGUUAGUUUCUGCCUCACCCCAAAGCGUAGCCAUGGGUAGAAGACCAGCAAGAUGUUAUCGUCAAAUUAAGAACAAACCCUACCCAAAAUCGCGGUUUUGCCGUGGUGUUCCUGAUCCUAAGAUCAGGAUUUACGAUGUUGGCAUGAAGAAAAAAGGUGUUGAUGAAUUUCCCUUCUGUGUGCAUUUGGUUAGUUGGGAGAAGGAGAAUGUUUCUAGUGAGGCCCUUGAGGCUGCUAGGAUUGCGUGCAACAAGUACAUGGCAAAAUUUGCUGGGAAGGAUGCAUUCCACUUGAGGGUUAGGGUUCAUCCCUUCCAUGUUCUUAGGAUCAACAAAAUGCUUUCGUGUGCCGGAGCUGAUAGGCUCCAGACCGGCAUGAGAGGUGCCUUUGGAAAGCCACAGGGUACUUGUGCUAGAGUGGCUAUUGGCCAGGUCUUGCUCUCUGUCCGCUGCAAGGACAGCAACAGUCACCAUGCACAAGAGGCCCUCCGCCGUGCUAAAUUCAAGUUCCCUGGCCGCCAAAAGAUUAUAGUUAGCAGGAAGUGGGGGUUCACCAAGUUUAACCGCACAGACUAUUUGAAGUUCAAGUCAGAGAACAGGAUUAUGCCUGAUGGUGUCAAUGCCAAGCUUCUUGGGUGCCAUGGACCAUUGGCUAAUCGCCAACCAGGAAGAGCCUUUUUGUCCAGUGCUACUGCCUAGACUGUUUGUUACUCAGAAAUAUUACUCUGAAUCAUAUUUGUUUUGCAAUAGUGGAUUUGUGUUUGUGUUUUCUGCACUUGUUUUGCUGGAACUACCUUAAAUGGAUACUAUUAAUAUUAUAUUUCGUUAUGGUUCAUGUUCUA